AUGGAGGAGCCUGACCCUGCCAUCUCCCCUGCGGUGCAUCGGGACCUGCAGGCAGAUCUGAAGGUCUCGCCGGCUACUUGCUCUGGCCACUCCUUGCAACUUUCCCUGGGCACCAGCAGCGCCAGUAGCAACACCGGCAGCGGCUGCAAAAUCCAUCGGAGCUGCAGCACCAUCGCUUGCAAUAACAUCUGGGGCACCAGCAGUAACUGCAACACCAGCAAUGGUAACAACAGUAACAAGAACUGCAGCCCGGCCGCUUGCAACACCGGCUGUUGCAAUGGCAGCCUCAAAGGCGACACCGGCAAAAACUGCAACAGCAGCGGCUGCAAGGCAAGCUGUAACUCCGAGUCUGGGGACGAGAGGAAAGUCUGCGAGCUGUCCCGGCAGGCGGACGCCUCGAACCCCGAGAAGGAGGUGCUGGUCAGCGCCGUCAGCCGCCAGAGCAACGAGCUGAGGUUGAACCGGCGCCGCACCAAGUCGCUGCCCUGCCUGCACGACCCCUCCGACUUCUUCAGCGAAUUCAACGGGGGGCUGCGCAAGAAAGUGAAGUUCGCCGACUCGCUGGGGCUCAGCCUGGCCAGCGUCAAGCACUUCCGAGCCAGCGACGAGCCUUACAUCCCAUCCAAGGUCUUCCUGCGGCUCCAGAGCUUUCCUGCCAUCGUGGACGACCUGAACGAGAAGUUCAAGGCGCUGGGCAUUCACUGCUUGAGACCCGCCUUCUCCAUGCCUUGCGAGGCCAGCGACUUCAUGCAGAGAGCUGAGAGGAACCGUGUCUGCCUGGAGAAUGUUACUGUCAGACACUUUGACGUGCACGGUUUGAUCAGGGUUUUGAAUGUCUCUUAUGUCAAGGAGGUGAUUGUCCGCUAUACAUUCAACAAUUGGCUCUCUAGCAUGGACACGCCUGCCAAAUAUGUGGAAGGGUCGAGCCACUCAGGUACUGACCAGUUCUCGUUCGACCUGUCCAUCCCACCUUUCUUGGACCAGGGCUCUUUUGUCCACUUCGCCAUCUGCUACAGGACGGACAGCGAGGAGUACUGGGACAAUAACUUCGACAAGAAUUAUUCUCUGCAGUGUGAAUCCACGUCAGAUGAACACGCCAACAGUUAG